AUGGCCACAAGCCAAAUCACUCCUCCCAUUUGCCCCAACCGUAACGAGGAACCGCCAAAGACCCUUGUGCCAUUCUCCGCAUUGAACAACGAUGUCCUGCACGAAAUCGCCUCCCAUCUCUCUGGACGGGACGCCUUGAACUUUGCUCUCACUUGCCGUUGCAUCCACGACUUAGCCAUUCAUCGCGUUUCCUGCACUCUGUUCUGCAAGACGGCCGCCGAUUUGCGUCGCGCGCGCCUCUAUCACCUUCAGGGACUCCUUCGGCGUGCUAUCUUUCUCCGCAGUCUCUCUAUUGCCGACUCCGUCUUUAUCGACCGCCCGUGGCAAGACGACCUCAACUGGGCUGACCCAAAGACGACAUACGAGUACUCCCUCGCCACACUUGUCGGAGACAUCCUCGAGGCAGCGCAGAAUCUAAACCACUUGCGGCUCGAGCAUUUCGCACACCUCGUGCGCCAUGAGCCCCGCAUACGCGAUGCUGUCGCGGCCAUGACUCACCUAGCUGGUCUCGAGCUCUCCGAGGUUGAUGUGGAGUCGCUGGAUAUCUUCCGCGACCUACGCAGUGAUCUUCAUUAUCUUCAAAUUUCUACGGACAAAUGGUCGAAACUUUGACACGCCUUUUGUUACCCGUUUCGAAGCGAACAAGAUGCUCGAUGCUAUACACAACGCCCUGGCGGCUGUUUCUUCUUUCAAACUUCUUCAGGCGCUCGACUUGAAACUUACUGGGAUUGACUGUUGGCCUUCCGACCGUCCGCUGGAGCCGAGAGAAGACAUCAUAACUCUUCCUCACAUUCGCCACCUCACUAUCCAUCAGUACUCGCCCGU